AGCGCCGGAGAUAGUUGUCAUGAUGACGGGAGCCGCCAGCUCGGUUCUCUUCAAGGUGCCACAAUGGCUUCCCAAAAGAGGACCACACCAGCUGUAGUAAAAGGCACCGGAUUCUGGCAUGCUCCCAUUGUGACCAAAUACUGCCAGGAAACACAAGAGCUGUUAAAAGUGAUGAUGCAGGAAUCCAAACUUACCAGCUUCCAGCAACGCCAUCUUAUAAACUUCAUGAAACGAGGUGACUCCCUGCCUGUCCACUGCAACCCAACAUCCAGCAGAGAACCACAGUGUCCAAAGCCUGUCUCACCGCCAAAUGCUUUUCUGUCCAUCAGUCCAUCUGGUAGGCCUCAUCUCCGGCCUGCUGAGGUCUGCCAAGCAGGCGAUGCAUAUAUCCGAGAAAAAUUCAGGCCCCAAGCCACCCGAGACUUGGAGAAGGAGAAGGAAAGACUCCAAAACAUCUUAGCAACAGGAAAGGAUAAGGUAGGAAAAAAGGCCCAGAAGAAGCCAGUGAAGGUGGAAGAGGAGGUACCAGAACCGGACCGGUUUGAAGAAUUGUUGAAUGAAGUUCAAGAGCGACAGAAGUUUCUGGCAGAGAUGGAGGCUCUGGGACAGGCCAAGUUGUACCAAGGGAUCAUUCUCACUGAAAUAUCACAGAAGCUACGGGAGAUGGAGAUCAUUGACAAGCAGAGAAGUGCUGAAUUGAAAGAGGCAUUGGCUAAAUCCUUCAAUAUUGGCAACAAGCCUGAUUCUCAAAGCACAGUUCGAGAAGACUAGUAGUCCUUUCCAGGUCCAGUGUGUGACUACUGGAUCCUUACUUUUUUCUGCUGCCAGAGCUAGGCCUUCCAUAAGAGUGUGAGGAAUGGCUCUUAAUGAUACAGUCCUGACCUUUUAGUAGCAGAUAGCUAUGGAAGUUUCAAUCCACAGGGGGAUUUGUGUGUGUGUAUGAACUCAGAAACAUAGGAACACAAGGCCUUUUCAAGGGUGUGGUUUAGAAGUAGCAUUUGAUUGCUGCCAGGGACCAGUGGGGGCAUGCCUUUCCUCUUUAAGCAGACCAGCCAGAGAUGAAAGGAACUCAGCAUACCUGUCUAGCCUUUGAAACACAGCAGUAUGUGGUUUUCUAGCAUUUUGUGCUUCUGCUCGUUAGAACCAGAACAGUGAAACUCUUAUAGCAAGUGUUCAGGUCAAACAUUUCCACAUAUACCCAUGUCCUGUAGCAUUCUCACCAAAGCUGGAAGCUGAAGCUGCUGUUUCUCACUUAC